GCAAAUAAAAUGAUUGGAAAAUUUAUUUUGCUGCUGAUCUUUCUGCUGAUAACAUCAACUCAUGGUCAUGUCUGCUAUAAACAUGAGGGAGCUGACUGGGAAACUGGAGCCUGUGCAUCAGGUUCUCGUCAGAGCCCCAUCAACAUUGUGACGGCCAAUGUCAGAGAAGCACAAGACGUCGAACUUUACAUCUCAGGGACCGACAUCACGACAGGCUCCAUACACUACCACGACCACGAGCUCAAGGUCACUUAUGCUGGAGCCACUGCGAAGUACACAUCUGAUGAUGAAGAGAGCGAGUGGGCGCUAGCACAGUUCCAUUACCAUGCGCCAGCAGAGCACAGGAUCGACGGGAAGACUCACGACUUGGAAAUGCACAGUGUCUUCGUGUCUAAGACAGACCCAGGACAGUUACUAGUUGUAGGAGUAAUCUACGAGCUUGAGCAAGGAUAUGAGGACGAUGAGUUCAUUGCCUCUCUUGCCUUGGAAAACCUCGUUUCUAAUCCAGCCACAGGCCAUAUUGAGAAUGUACCCAUGGAGAACUUUUACAAUAAGUUUAGUAACACGAAAAUGUACAAUUACAAGGGAUCUUUGACUACACCUCCGUGCACUGAGAGCGUGGAGUGGUUUGUUGUCAAAGAAAUCCAAAAAAUCAACCCAUCUCAGCUCGGAAAAUUCACGGGCAAAUGGGCCGGACUCAGCAGUUUUGCUGAUGGUAAGGGCUCUAACAGAGUCGCCAUGGACCUUAACAGGAGAAAAGUCUUCGAAACUGGAGGUGAGGAGACCACUAGUAGCAUUGCUUUCUCAUUCUUGUUUAUUGCGUUCUUGGUAAUUUCUGUCGUAGAGAUUGGGUUAGCUGCCGUAUUUACUCUUAAGUUGAAGAACCCUAAGAGUGUCCCAUCCCAGAACUUCGUUAAGGUUGCUGAGAGCUCCGAGAAUGAAGGGACGGAUAAGCUAGAUUUCGAUUACAAAUACUUCAAAAGAAGCAGAAGUAAGGAAAUCUAA